AAUUCUUAAUUGGUUUACUGUCUCAUCUUGUAAGUGUGCCUAAAAAUGGAGAAGUUGUUAAAACAACAUACAUUAAAAAUUCGAAGACUGAUAGUAUUGAUAUUAACUUAGGGAUAGUUCACACUUAUGCAAGAUUUGCAAAUAAUAAUCCUCAAAUACUUGGAAUUGGAGGAAAUAAUGGCACAGUUCAUGUUUGGAAUUUAAAAAUUCAAAAAUCCAAAUCUGUGUUUACAAAGCACACAAAUGAAAUUACUUGUCUUCAGUUUAAUUGGAAUGAUUCAUAUAUUGCAUCUGCAUCAUCAAAUGGAAAUAUUAUUUUGCAUAAUGUAUUGAAGAAUGAAGAACACGCAUUAUAUUCAUCACCAAGACCAGAAUGUAUAAAUGCUCUUCAGUUUAGUUAUGUUAAAAAAUCAGUGUUGGGAACAGUAUCAGCAAGUGGAAAUCUCUCACUGUGGGAUAUAAAUGAAUCAAAGUUAUUGUAUAGCUUUAAACAAUCUCAUACAUCUUCAGCUACAGGUAUAGCCUUUUCACCAGUUAAUCAUCUUUUAGUUGCAAGUGUGGGACUUGACAAACGCUUAAUAUGUUAUGAUCCACAAUUGAGAAGCUGUAUUAAAACUUAUCGUACUGAAGCUCCAUUAACAGCUAUAGAUUUUAUGAAUGAUGGAAUUACUUUAGCUGUUGGUUCUCUGAAAGGAAAAAUUUAUGUUUAUGAUCUUCGAUCAUCUAGUACACCAAUGAAAACAUUAUCUGCUCAUAAUAAUUCAAUCAAUUCUUUAUCAUUUCAACAUUCUUCAUAUAGUCUUUCCAAUAAGUCCCUUGGACCUACAAAAAAAUCUGCUCAGCUAUGCAAAGAUAAGGAAUUGCUUGCUUCCAAUGAUGUAAAUAUGAAUCAGAAAGCAGUUCUUCGAAAUAAAGAUAUUAACUGUAAUCUUUCCCCAAAAGUCCUUGAUAAAAGUUCAGAGAAUAGUUUUGAAGUUACUGAUAACAGUACAAUUCCUACAAGUUCAUCACUAAAAUUAGAUUCUGUUUUUUCGCCAAUUGGCUGUCAUGAAAAUAGUGAAUCUGCCAUAAAUAUUCGUAGACAACCAAUUGGAGGAGGCAACAAUACAAGCACUACUUCUAAUUAUUCUGAGUCAAAUGUUCUUCAAAGUCCUAAAUUUCUUUCUACUGAGUUGACAUUGCCCUCUCUGUUAAAGAAUUUUCAUCCGUCUCCAUCAUCUCAAGAAAUUGAACAGUGUCUACUAAGGCAAGCCUGUAAUAUAGAUAAUUCUCAAGAAACAGUUAGUAACAGUGAUGGUCUUGCCUCUUUAUCAUUGAAAGAAAAAUCUUCCCAUGCAUCAAACAUUCAUAAUUCUGGCACUCGACAUAUAGGAACAUUGGGAGCAUGGACCGAUUCAAAUGAAAAUUCCAUACCAAAAUCACUUUCUAUUCAAGAUAAUUUAAAAUCAAUAACUCUGGAGGAUCAUUCAAAUAAUCAGAUAUUUCAAAAUGUAACAAAUGAUAAAGUCCAAAAUGAAUUUAACAUCAAUGAAAAUGAACAUAAAAUGGAUUUGGAUUCAUCAAUUACUAAGGAAGGUCAUAAUGUAAUUUCUAAUUCUAUAAAAGACUUGAUAAAGACAACGGUUCACAAUACUUUUAAAGAAGAAAUACACCUUAUAGUUCAGAAUACUUUCAAAGAACAGAUGCAGCAAGAAAUUCAACAGCUUCUGAGGAACUGCGUCCGUCAGGUCGUCGAUGAUUCUGUUGUAGAUCUGCAUGACGCACUCCGUAGAGAACACAAUCAGCUUCAGUUUGAAAUGAUAAGACAGUUUCAGAUUCAGUUGAUUGAAAUACAAGAGCUUCUGAAACAAACAUUGGUAAACGAACAGCAUCUCAUUGCUGAAGUUGAAAGGUUAAAGGAAGAAAAUGAAAAACUGAAGAUGGUUUACUGAAACUGUAAACUUUUGGAAAUAUUUUUGUGCCUUGUAAUUACCAUCAUGUACAGUACAUAAUAUAUUUAGCUAUAUUUUUAAAAUAUUCUCAUGGACUAUAAAGAUUAAUUUUAAAA